CCAUUAUCUCCGGAGACUCGCUCAUUCCACCCGGCACCUCAACCCUCUUAUCUUAAAGGGUAGAUUGACUAGAGUCGUUCUUCAAGCCAAAUCUCACUGAAAAAUAUCAUGUCCGAUCCCAAAGUCUUAGUUCAAUCCCUUACUCCGUCCGCUGUGCAGGAUGCCUAUUCCCUUAUCCAGCCGUACGUGCACCGCACGCCUCUCCUCACCAACCAAACCCUCAACAACAUCGCUUCAACUCCACAAUCCCCGGAAGCUUUGAACGGGACCCCUUUCGAGGGACAAUCGCCCGCCAACCCCAAAAUUCGAUUCUUCUUCAAAUGUGAGAACUUUCAGCGGAUUGGCGCCUUCAAGGCCCGAGGCGCGUUCCACGCCUUGCUGCGGCUUAUCGAAGAGCGGGGUCAAGAGGAAGUACAAAAGCGCGGGGUGAUCACGCAUAGCUCAGGGAACCAUGCCCAAGCCCUUGCUCUCGCCGCCUCCACCCUCGAUGUCCCCGCCUACAUCAUUAUGCCCAGCAUCAGCACACCGUCGAAAAUCGCGGGAACGCGCUCCCAUGGCGCAGAGAUCAUCUUCAGUGGAUCGACGAGUGUGGAGCGGGAGGCUGUCGUCGAAGAAGUGCAAGCAAGGACGGGGGCAAUCCUAGUACCACCGUACGAUGAUUUCAACAUUAUCUGCGGGCAGGGAACAACGGCCCUAGAGAUGGAGAAGCAGUACAAAAAGCUUGUUACAGAGAAGCCGCAUCUGAGCGUCCACCAGGAACUUCCGGUGCUCGAUGCUGUGAUCACACCGGUCGGUGGCGGUGGUCUCAAUGCUGGUGUUGCAACCUUCUUCUCUGAUAAGACAACCAAGGUGUUUGGUGCCGAGCCUAGCUUCGAGGGUGCAGAUGACUGCCGGCGCGGUCUUGCGGCCGGGGAACGCGUUCCAGCAGUGUCGACCUUGACGAUUGCGGACGGACUGCGCACUCCUGUUGGCCUCUUGAAUUGGGAGGUGAUUGCAGAUAAGAACAAGGUGGCUGGUGCUUUUGCCGUGACAGAGGAGCAGAUCAAGGCCGCGAUGAGGUUGGUUUUGGAACGUAUGAAGGCUGUUGUUGAACCGAGUGCCGUCGUGGGGUUGGCGGUUUGUCUGUAUAAUGAGGAAUUCCGACGUCUCGUGGAGAAGGAAGCUCCCAACGGUUGGGAUGUGGGCAUUGUCUUCAGCGGAGGCAACACGACUGUUGAUGCAAUUGCCAAGCUGUAUGGCUGAGUGCUGUGCAUGUAUGAGAGCAGCCUCAUCUGCACAUUGCGUGGAUACCCACUUAGAGAAUUUACCCGAAUUGCACUCCAUCUCUACCCAUCCGAAAGAAAAACAUUCCUCCAUCUAGUGCCUCAACACCCUCGAGCCAUCUCCGCGGCCAGUCUUCACGUCCCCACAUAUUCACCCAUCCAGAGAAUCGGCCACGCAUGAGUAUCUCCUGCCGCUUGGCCGCAUUCUCUUCAGCCUCCUGCAAGCCCAUCGCAGCAGGAAAGGGCCGAACCGGAUCACGCUGGACAACCACUCGUAAUACAGGGAAAGUCCCCCACGGUGCUGGAAGAGCCGAUCGGAACGACGGCCUCCGAAAGGCAGGCGCAUCAGAAGGGUUA